GGCAGCGGCACGCUGGUGGUCCGCGCGACGGUCGCGGGGCCCGUGGAGGAGGGCGAGGAGCCGGAAAGACACACGCUGUCCUACACGCUCACGGAAGUCGACCCGCCGAAGAAGGGCUCCGUGCUCAGCGACCUCGGCCAGCAGUCCGCCGCCGGCGGCGAGCAGGCCGCCGUCUUCAACUUCACCGCGGCCGUGCUCCACCAGCUCUUCAUCGAGCUCAUCCGCAACCGCGACAUCGCCGAGGCGUCGAACAUGCUGAGCCCCGUCGCGCGGCUCAAGGUCCGCGAGGGCCUCAAGAAGGGCGCGCCGACGGAGCUCCACAAGGGCAAGGACGCGGUCAUGGUCCAGGUCGAGAAGUGGAUGGCCAACGGCGUGUCGGUGAUCAAGGACGCUCGUGACCUCGCGCCGGGCAAGUCCAUGACCGUGCUGCUCCACGGCGAGCCCCUCGCGCCGCCGGAGCCGCCGAGCGGCGAGGUGUUGGCCGUCGUCGACGGCGACGCGGAACCCCCGGCGAAGGAGCUCCGCAAGGCCGCGGGCCGCGAGUUGGACACGAUCCGCGACCUGCGGGCCGCGAAGCUCCAGUGCGCGGAGGAGGUCCGGGGCAUGUGGGCGCCGUCCGGCGGCCCCGCGGAGCUCCCGAAGCCCGCGGAGGCGUCCCAGUCCAUGAUCACCGACGGCCGCUACGGCGGCAACAUGCCCCACCUCCAGAUGUCGCUGCCCUUCAACUACCCGAUCAACGCCAAGGGCUUCGGCACGGACCUCGCCGCGCGCAAGGGCCUCGAGGCCAUGGACUCCGGGGGCAAGGGCAAGUCGCGGACGAAGCAGAAGCGGGACAAGUCGUCCGCCGGCGACCGCAAGGCCCAGGUCGACGCGCUCGCGCGGCUCGCGGAGCGGAGGGACCUCGCGGACAGAGAAGAGGCCGCGAACCGCCGCGACGCGCGCAUC